GCGGGGUCUUCAGUCGCGGCGGAGCGUGAGGCAAUUUCCAUGGUAACGGAAGCGGCGGUCACCUGACCAGCCGCCAUGUUUAACAUCAAAUUGUUGCUGCUCGGACCCCGAGAGAGUGGAAAAUCUGUUUUGGCAAAUUUUCUGUCAGAUGCAACUGAAGCCAUUGGUGGUGAUUACAGCCCAACACAAGGUGUCAGGAUUCUAGAGUAUGAAUGUCCAAAUGUGAUUGCCAAUGGGAAAAAUAUUGGUUGCGAAGUGGAACUCUGGGACUGCUCUGGUGAUCAGAAGUUUGAGACUUGCUGGCCAGCUUUAAUGAAGGAUUCCAAUGGAGUUGUCAUUGUGUUUAACGUUGAUGUGCCCAGCCACCUGAAGGAAAUUGAGAUGUUCUAUUCCUCCUUUGUACAGCAGCCACGGUUACAUGACUCUCAGUGUCUUCUGGUUGCUCACCAUAAACCCAACUCAGCAACUGGCAAAGGACGGCCUAACCUGGCCCAGCACCUGAACAAAUUGACUUUGAUCCAUUCAAACCUAGAGGAUGAUCCAGAACAAGUGCGCACCGCUUUUCGGCAGUUCUUGGGGGCAGUCGUGAGCUCUCUGUCCGAGAGCAGAGACAAAGAAGAGAUGUCAAUCAUCACCUGAGAACACCAUUGCGACGUUUUCACUGUCUGUAAAGCUUAAAGGAUUGCCAAUUCUUUGUGUUUGCUUUAAUCACAUUCAAAAUAAUUUGAAUUCUGCUUCCCAACAUAGGUGGACUUUUCAUCAGAUCAGUAUCCAACCUGUCUGCAUACACACCAAUCUUAAAAGACAGAAAAGUGCUUCAAAAAGUAUACACAAAUUAGAAAAUAUUUUUGGUGAAACCAGUUAGCAGCAAAUUGGCAAUUUGUGUAGAUUUGCACAUUAUCCACAAUAUUGAUUCUAUACAAUGAUAUUGCAUUUACUCAGGUUAGUGUUUCUACAAGUUGGUUAGUUGUUAAACAAUACAUUGAGUGAGCAGUGUCGUACUUUUUACAGAAUAAACUGGUCAGUGGCAGCAUGCCAUCUUUGAUUCUAGUGGUCAUAUUGCAGAUGAUUCCUAUGAAAGCAAUAUCUGUCUGGCUCUCAAGUAUUUGCAAUAUUUACUUUGAAAUGUGAUUUUAUUAGCAAUUAAUGUCAGGCACAUUCAGAUACUGAAAUUAAACAUUAUCUUUGUGUAUAACUCUGGAUAAGCAAUCAAAAGUCCAAUUUUCCCGACACCUUAAUUGAUGUUUUAAAAAUAUGUUUUGAAAAGGUUGUCUGACUUCUCCUGUGUAAUAAACAUGAAGAUUUUAGCAUGAGUCUGGUUUCUUAAUUAGUUAGUGAAAUAAUAAAACAGGCUGUUAAAUGUUAUUUAUUUAUUCCAUGUAUUUGCCACUGGUAUCUCAUACCUAGCAGUGGCAACUGAAGGAGGUUGAAUGAAUUAAAUUUUUGAUUGUUAUAAAUAAAUGCCUACUUUCACA